ACUAUAUUGGUCAGGUGUGGUGAAGAAGCGCAGAGUUUCUGGAGAUGAAAGCGGACCUGUUGCGCGCGCGCUGCUCCUCUUCUGUGUGGAAUUAAACUCUUUCAGAUUUCUACACCAAACUGCACGCAUAGACUUAGAAAGCCGUAACGAUGCCUUGCAUUGAGACCCAGUAUGGAAACCUGCCUUAUGAAAGCAACUACUUCAGCCCAGAUUUUCUAAACUCAGGUCUCUCCACCAAGCAGAGUAUGGAGCUCAGCAUCCAGAGGGAGCAGCUUUCUCCUCCAUCACUGCCCAGCAUCAACACUCUAGUGGGUCAUCCUGGUGAAAUGGACACCUUCUCUUGCCAGUUCACCGCAUCAGUCUCACCCGCCAUGAACGUGAAUGCACCCGGCGACAUCUCCAACACGUUGGUUGACGGUUCAAGCCCACGUGGUGUUCAGUCUCCUUUCACGCUGGACGACAUCCAGGUGUACGGCUGCUACCCGGGAACCUUCGCCUUCAGUUGUCUGGAUGAAAGCUUGUCCUCAUGUGGAUCUGACUAUUACGGAAGCCCGCUUUCUGCCACUUCCUCACCUUCCACUCCAGGCUUCCAAAACCAUCCUGGUUCAAACUGGGAAAGUGCCUUCAGUCCAUUUCCUUCCAUGUCCUGGCCAUCCGAGGUCUCAGCUCUACAUCAGCAGCCUUCCUUCUUCACGUUUAACUCUCCAGUCGAGCAGCAAUCCCCGAUGCGGGAUCUCCAGCUGCAGCUCGGUGACGAGGAUGCAUUUGGUCAACUUCACCAACCAUCUCCAUUACAGUUCCCAUCCCUGGAGCUUGACCACGGAUGCUUGGACAGUCCGGUACUAAAGGUCGAAAGGGUCGAGGCUCAUCCUUCCACAAAACCACGAAGUCCCAAUGAAGGACACUGUGCAGUAUGUGGGGACAAUGCUUCCUGUCAGCACUACGGGGUUCGCACCUGUGAAGGGUGCAAAGGGUUCUUCAAGCGCACUGUUCAGAAGAAUGCAAAAUAUGUCUGCCUUGCUAAUAAGGACUGUCCAGUCGACAAGCGACGGAGGAACCGCUGCCAGUUUUGCCGAUUUCAGAAAUGUCUUGCAGUAGGAAUGGUCAAAGAAGUGGUGAGAACAGACAGUCUUAAAGGUCGAAGAGGGCGUCUUCCAUCAAAGCCCAAGAACCUUCCGGACAACGUGACUCCUGUGAAUAUCACCGCCUCACUUGUAAGGGCUCACAUCGAUUCCAGUCCUGCUCUGGCAAAAAUGGAUUACUCCAGGUACCAGGAAGAUGUGAAGAACCUGUCUGAAAAGGUGGACGCCAAUGACAUCAAGCAGUUUUAUGAUCUCCUCACUGAGACCAUGGAGGUCAUCCGGAAAUGGGCUGAGGCUAUUCCUGGUUUCCGCACCUUCUGUCGUGAAGACCAGGAGCUCCUGCUGGAGGCUGCCUUCGUCGAGCUCUUCAUACUGAGACUAGCAUACAGAUCAAAUCCUGAGGAACACAAACUGAUAUUCUGUAAUGGUGUAGUGCUGCACCGCUCACAGUGUGUUCGAGGGUUUGGAGACUGGAUUGAUUCAAUCAUGGACUUCUCCCAGAGUCUCCAUCGUCUGAGCUUGGACAUAACAUCGUUCUCUUGCUUAGCAGCACUCGUCAUCAUCACAGAUCGUCAUGGUCUAAAGGAACCCAAACGCGUUGAAGAACUUCAAAACCGUUUGAUCUCCUGCCUGAGAACCCACAUCAGCAGCAGCAGCAGCAGCUUGGACCCGAGUAGAUCUCAGCCGCGUCUGUGUCGGUUGCUGAGCAAACUGCCAGAGCUGAGGACUUUGUGCACACAGGGUCUGCAGAGGAUCUUCUACCUGAAGCUGGAGGACCUGGUUCCUCCUCCACCCAUCGUGGAGAAAAUCUUCAUGGACACACUUCCGUUCUGAGUGAAUGAAACACUCGUGGGGACAAAACAGAAACAGAAAAUCCACAGCUAGAGACUUUUCAGUGAACUUUUACAGAAUGACAUUAUUCUGAUUAAAAGGGACUUUUCUAACAGUGUUCUACUGAGAACCGGGAAGAAAACACUGCGUUCCUGACGUCAUGCAGCAGAACUUUUUCUAUGUUGGAGGAACAUUAGAGGGCAUUUUCUAUACUUUCAUCAGUGUGUGUGUGUGUGUGUUUAUGGUUUGACGUUAAUUGCUAUGCAAAUAUCUUUAUAUUUGGUGAUGAAUUUGAUGUAGGUUUUAGCGUCACCAGGAUUUUAUACAAAGCUUCUUGGUCAACACGUGAUGUUGAUUUUGUAUUCAUUAUUAUGAAUUAUUUUCCCAGAAAGCAAAAAUUAAAAGCCUUUGUUUUCCAAUGUU